AAAAAUCUUUAGCAAAACAAUGCCAAUUUUUUGGUAAGUACUAUCUUUUGUAGAAAGACACCUCAAAACUUAAAAAGCAUUAGCAUGAAGAGGGCGAUUUGCCUGUAGAUGAGCGACUUAAAAAUCAAAAUUACCAUAAUUCUCGAGCACCCCUGUAAAAGGUAAUCGGCGCAUGCGUACUCCGAUCGCGGAACGUACACGUUCGGCGCUCUCUCCGCUCUCCGUCGUCGAAUUCACGGCGUGACAUCUCAUUUGUUUGUAUGAAACGCUUUGCUUUUCAGUAGUCAGUAGAUCGAAGAACGGCGGUGUAGGAGAAGCUCGCCGAACGAUUUAAACGCGCCGACCGGCAAUCACGUCGCCUUAUCGAUUUCCAGUCGGACUUUUCCUUCUUUUAACCACGUCUACAGCGAUUUUUCCAAUCUUUUUCGCCUCCUUCCUUCGCACCGAUUAUCAAUGAAACUUCGCGAGAUUCGUGAUUGGUGUAUUUAUAUUCGUCAUUGACGGGUUUUUUAAUAAUGCCGAAGCCGGUGAGAAAUUUGGAAUGUGUUUUUGAAUGAGUCGGUUUUUGUGAUUUUUUUUAACUACCGGUAAAUCGAAAAGCGGCUAGUUUUCGCCUUCGCGAUCGAUGUUGUUGCCGACGAAUUCAUCGCCGAUCGGGAUUCAGCACGAACUCUACCACAGUGUCACGGAGAAGACCAAAUUUUUCGCAUCGAAAUGCGUGAACAAGAGUCCGGCGAAGGAGAAGAGCGCGGAUUCGCUGCGAAGGAGCCGGUUCAGGUUUUGCGUGUGCACCGGGCCUAGGAAAAGCAACAAAAAAACCGUCAAGUGGUACGUUAAGCAGCCCACAUGGCGAUUGUGGGGCGAGGAGAAGGCAGAUGGCGCCCUUUACACAGUUUACCUCAAAAAAGUUCGUUACCACCGACCAACUAGGAGUUUGUCGUCGUCGCAUUCGGAUUCUGAUGAUGAAAUUUCCCACCUAGAAUGGGAAACGGUACGAGUGCGUUUCGUGAAAGCGGGCACAUUAAAAAGGCUCGUCGAAGCCCUUUCCACCGACGACGGGGAACUCGAAACCACCUACAUCAACGUUUUCUUGGCCACAUACAGAAGUUUUUCGACGCCGAAAGAAGUCCUCAAAUUAUUGCUGCAACGUUACACGGAUUUGUCGGAAACGCAGUCUAAUGGAAAACCUGAUCCUCACGAACAACAUCGCAAAACUCUUAUAUCUGCACUACACGUAUGGCUCGACAGUUAUCCUGAAGACUUCAAAGAACCUCCAAACCACUCUGCCCUUCGACAGCUAUUGCAUUUCUGCGAGGAAUAUUUACCCUCCACUGAACUCGAUGCCAAAGUACGACAUAGAAUAGAAAGGUAUACUAGAGAAUCCCAAAUAGACCCUCUUCUAGCGCCUCCUCCCGCCUUUGCCAUGAGAUCGGGCCAACCAGGAUGGAGAGUCUACAAAUUACCAGAAGUACCUGUACGCCAUUUUGCCGAGCAACUAACUAGGAUGGACGUGGAUUUGUUCAAAAAACUAGUACCUCACCAGUGCCUGGGCGCGGUGUGGUCGCGCAGGGACAAGAGCCGAUCGCACGAAGCCGCCACCGUACUGGCCACCGUCAAUCAAUUCAACGCCGUCUCCUUCAGAGUGAUCUCCUCCAUCCUGGUGGACCCGGGCCUCAGGUUCAACGACAGAGCCGCCAUCAUUUCCACCUGGAUCGACAUAGCGCAGGAGUUGCGGCUCAUCAAGAACUUCUCCAGCUUGAAAUCCAUCAUCAGCGGCCUGCAGAGCAACCCCAUCUACAGGCUUCAGAAAACGUGGCAAUCGAUUCCGAAAGAGAAAAUCGAGAUGUUCGACGAAUUGGCGAGGAUAUUCAGCGAGGACAACAACCAGAUGACCCAACGGGAGCUGCUGAUGCGCGAGGGUACGGCCAAGUUCGCGGACACCUUCGGCGAGAACGACAAGCACCUGCAGAAGGUCUUCCAGAAGCAGAACCACCACGUGGCGAACAUCUCGUUCGGCACGAUCCCCUAUUUGGGAACGUUCCUGACCGACCUCACCAUGAUAGACACCGCCAUACCGGACACCAUCGCCGAAGGAUUGAUCAACUUCGACAAGAGGAGGAAGGAGUUCGAAGUGCUGGCCCAAAUCAAGUUGCUACAAGGCGCCGCCAACGCUUAUCAUUUCACCGAAGACUCCGCGUUCGAUCGCUGGUUCGAUACGAUACUGGUGCUGGACGAUCGCGAGGCCUACCAGCUGAGCUGCCAGAUCGAGCCGUCGAGCAACGCGAACAAUUCGAAGACGAAGCGUCGGUCGUCGGGCCACCAGAAGAACGAUUCGAUAGCGAGCACGUCGAGCAGCAACAGCUCGCAGUUCUACUGCGACAUCGACAGCACGCCGAGCUCGCCGCACAACAGCCUCGACAGGAAGCUCAGCCCGUCGCAGAUGUCGAAUUCCAGCAGCAAUUCGUCGUUGCCUUCGUUGGACGUGUCGUUGAACAGCUCGCAUUCGGGCAGCGCGAACAACAAACUUCAGGUGCCUCAUAACAAUUCGGGUACAUUAAGCACUCAUUCUCAAAAAAGCCAGCCCGAUUUCUACAUAAUCAAAGUAACAUACGAAACCGAUAGCGUGGAAACGGAUGGUAUAGUGUUGUACAAAAGCAUCAUGCUAAGCAAUAACGAAAGAACGCCGCAGGUCAUAAGGAAUUCUAUGUACAAAUUGGGCUUGGAAGGGAAUCCGGAUCAGUAUACUUUGGCUCAAGUUUUACCAGAAAAAGAAAUGAUUCUUCCUUCGAACUCUAACGUGUACUACGCUGUAAAUACUCAAUACAACCUGAAUUUCAUCUUGCGCCCGAAGAGGACCGAAGAGAAGGAAGUUCCGGCGAAAAAUUCGAAGAGCAAAUACAAGUUGUAAAGCGCAUUUGUGGCGUUUUUGAAUUUUUGUAUAGUGUUAUUUAUUUAUUUCGGGUGUCCGAAUUGUUUUGUGGAAUCUCACUCUCGAAUUUGCGGCUGGUAUGUAAACAAACGGACACCUUUGAUUGUUUAUUAGUUGGAAUUUGUAUAUUUGUGAGCUGUUUAUGACAAAUAAUCUAAGAAACAAAUAACAUCUGUGAUAAAAAGCACAAAAUACUCUAUCGUCAUCACAAAUCGUGUGGUAAAUAAUUUAGUUUUAUUUUUAAUCGAUUAAUUUACUUGUGGUUGAUUAACAAGUUGAAAAAAAAAAAACACGAAAUUAAGUUUUAUUAAUGAAAGAAAAAAUAAUCAUUUUGGUUCGAGUCGAAGCCUACUUAUCGCUUUAACUGUCAAAUAGGUGCUGCAAUGAUUGUUCAAUUAAAUGAUUAUUGUAUAAUUUCGAAGAGGAUACGUUCAAAAUAGUGCCAUUUUGAUAACACUACUAAAUUGAACACCUCACAGGACGUAUAAGAAAACGUAUUAAAAAGAUUGCAAUUUGUAAAAGAACGCGAAAUAGCUUUAAACGUCACGUUCAAAGUUGGAUGAUAUUAUACCGAAAGUGUUUUGAUAGAAAUUCGUUGUUUAUUCCUAAUUUUCCCAAGUGACCAAUAUUUUAUAGUAGUGUUUUGUGGUAAUCGUACGAAGAAUUGUAUAAACAAUAACCCCUAUUGGUACUUAACUCUAUAUACCCUUUGAAAUAUUGUAAGGAGAUUUAUUUUUAUUGUAUUUUUCUAUUAAAAGACCUUGUAUAAAAA